AUCCGCAGGCUGCCCCGAGGAAAUGGGUCCUCUGGGAGGACGCCCGCGGUGUCCUUCAGCCUGUCUGGACGCCCACCGGGUGAAAGGAGUAGGGAGGACAUCUCCGGGACCCUGGUGGAAGGGGGUGCCCCCCGCCCCCCCCUUCUCACGCCCCUGUUCUCACUCGCACGCGCCCGCAGGGUGCUUCAAGGACGACCGUAUCGUCUUCUGGACGUGGAUGUUCUCCACCUACUUCAUGGAGAGCUGGGCCCCGCAGCAGGACGACAUGCUCUUCUACGUGCGCCGGAAGCGGGCCUUCCCCAGCGGCAGCAGCAGCGAGAGCGGCACCCCCGAGGGCAGCAAGCUGGCAGAGCCCGAGCCCGAGGUGGAAGUGGAGGUAUACAGGCGGGACUCCAAGAAGCUGCCCGGCCUGGGGGACCCCGACAUUGACUGGGAGGAGAGCGUCUGCCUGAACCUCAUCCUGCAGAAGCUGGACUACUUGGUCACCUGUGCAGUGUGCACGCGCUCCGAUGGGGGUGACAUUCACAUCCACAGGAAGAAAUCCCAGCAAGUGUUCGCCUCACCCAGCAAGCACCCGAUGGACAGCAAGGGGGAGGAGGAGUCCAAGAUCAGCUACCCCAACAUCUUCUUCAUGAUCGAUAGCUUCGAGGAGGUGUUCAGUGACAUGACCGUGGGGGAAGGAGAGAUGGUCUGCGUGGAGCUGGUGGCCAGUGACAAAACCAACACGUUCCAGGGGGUCAUCUUUCAGGGCUCCAUCCGCUACGAGGCGCUCAAGAAGGUGUAUGACAACAGAGUGAGCGUGGCCGCCCGCAUGGCUCAGAAGAUGUCCUUUGGCUUCUACAAGUACAACAACAUGGAGUUUGUGCGCAUGAAGGGGCCCCAGGGCAAGGGCCAUGCCGAGAUGGCUGUCAGCCGAGUGCCCACCGGGGACACGUCCCCCUGCGGCACUGAGGACUCCAGCCCAGCCUCGCCCAUGCACGAGCGGGUGACCUCCUUCAGCACGCCCCCCACCCCGGAGCGGAACAGUCGGCCCACCUUCUUCUCACCGUCCCUCAAAAGGAAGGUGCCCCGGAGCCUGAUGGCCGAGAUGAAGAAGUCUCACUCGGCCAACGACAGCGAGGAGUUCUUCAGGGAGGACGACGGUGGAGCUGACCUGCACAACGCCACCAACCUGCGGUCGAGGUCCCUGUCUGGCACGGGGCGGUCCCUGGUGGGGUCCUGGCUGAAGCUGAACAGAGUUGACGGGAACUUCCUUCUCUAUGCACACUUGACCUACGUCACGCUGCCGCUGCACCGGAUCCUAACAGACAUCCUGGAAGUCCGGCAGAAGCCCAUCCUGAUGACCUAGCGGCGCCGAGUCCCAGCAGCGCCACUGGCCUGCCCAGCCCUGGGAGUGCUGCCAAGUGCCUACCUGUGCCACCGCCCUGGGUUCUGUGACAGCCAGUGCUGGGCCUGGCCAGAGUGGGCCCAACUCCACCAACACCAGCCCAAACUGAAGUGCCUCUUCCUCCCCCUGCUGGCUCUGCUCCUGCCCCAUCCCACCGCCCACCACCCACUACCGACCAUGCGGGGACCAGCCUCUCCACGAAGCCCAGAGAGAAAGAGAGAGAGACCUCGAGAGUGUCCUACGAGCAGCAGGCCCCCCCCGCCCUGGCUGGAGGACCCCGGGAGACCGUCCACAUCCUGCCCAUGAACGCCAGCCUCCCAACCCGCCCACUCGCCCUGGUUUACCCCUCGGUCACUGGCGGCCCACCAUGGGAGGGACCCAAGAAGGACGGUUUUGUCUGUGCUGGGAAUACCUCACCCCAUGCUCAGUUCCAGAGAGGCCCUGACCCCCAGCCAGAAUGGCCUUCUGCUUCCAGCCAAAGAACACCAACUCACACGCCUGCAGCCCCCACCCCCACCUCCUGCAGGGGCCUCCCUGAGGGGCCACUGAGCCUGGACCUGAGGGCAGGGCUGGAGGAGAGCGGGACCCCUGCCCGGGGAAGGUUCUGGGUAGAGCCCCUCCUGGGGGCUGGGGGAGGGGGAGGCGUGCUGCUCCCUGGUCUCCUGGGUGUUCCUGCUGGAACUGUGCGUGCCAGCUGGUCCCCAUCUCGGACCUGCUCCCAGAGGCUAAGAACAAGAUGGGCUGGGCAGCCUGCCCCCCAGCCAAAGGCGUUUCCAUCUGGGACGGUGCAGCCCACAUUUGUCUCCAGCCACAAGCCUCUGUCCCCUGGGAAUGAAUGAAGGAGGGGUCUCUCGGGCUGUUUCUGGGUGGGGUGCAUGUGCAGGUCCUCCUGGGGGAUUGAGGAAGAGGACGGGCUGGCCCCCCUGGUCCUGGCCUGCAGCCUCUGGAGGGCUUGUGCUCAGUGACAGGGCGACCCCGGGGUCCACCUCUGGGUUUUGUAUGCUGUUAUUAAACGCGAGCUGUUGCAUUUU